CACUGUUGUUCAAGACACAUGGCUCGUGUUCAAAACAUUUCAUCUGUUUCAUCGGAAAUCCAAAGAAAAGACGAUGAUCCAUCAUUGAAAGAGGUGCUACGCUACCCAAUGUUGAUGUUAAAAAUCUGUGGGAUUUACGUUGAAUGGCAAGGAGAUCAAGUCAGAUUAACUGGUGCAAUGGCCGCCAAAUUGAUACUAAACGUGAUGUGUAUGCUAAUUUUGGUAUUUAUUGUCAUUAGGAUUUCAGCUAGUUUUGUAACUAAUGAUGAUUUUUCGGAUAAACUAAUGGGUCGGAUAGUUUUCGCGGUAAUGUACAUCAGCAACACGGUAAUGUUUCCAGUCUUCCUCGCCACUACUACAACAAAUUUACCCAAAAUCUUGUCAAAAUUCUCAUUGUUUCAAACCGAGUAUGGCUUUGCAACAGAUAUGAGGAAAUUGAAACGAAUGACUUCAAAUAUAUUCUUUAUGCAUUUUGUAUUUACUUUAAUUUCUGGAAUUUGUAUAAAUGCAUUAGCCAGUUAUCGUAUUCUCGAUGAAUCUGGACUCUUAAUCGGUCGUCUGCUACCAUUUUCCUACAAGGAUGGGUAUAUAUUUGACCUGGUAUAUAUCAUUGAUAUGUCUGCCACACAAUUCUGCUCCAUUUUCAUAGAAUCAGAAACACUGAUAAGUUUUGUUGUGUCUCAUAUAAUCAUCAAAGAAUUCCAAGAAGUGAUAAGAAAAGUUGACGUUGCAAGAGAAGGGGAUACCAUUUCUACCAUCGAGCUUCAAAACCUGAGACAACAACAUCAUAAAGUAACAGAGCUUCUGCAAACUGCAAACAGUGUUAUACAAUUGAACAUGUUUUUUGGGUUCAUGGUACUGCUGCCAAGUCUCUGCUUCACCGUGUAUGGGAUCGUGUAUAGUACUCUUGGAAUAUUUGACAUACUAUUCCUCGUAACCAUAUUCUUAAUGCAAUUGUUAGGAAUGGUUUCGAUGAUAGCAACCGGAGCAAAAAUCAACUCAAAGGCACAUGGUGUUCUUAGAAGUCUUUUUGCUCUUAGUCUGGAUGAUCUGUCUGUAGAAACACAACAACAGUUGAAUAUGUUCAUAGCCCAGCUGUCAAGCCAGACAAUAGGAAUAAAUGUAUACGGUCUGUUUACCAUGGACGGAUCAACAUUUCUCACGAUUUUUGGGACUGUGAUUACCUACACAAUAGUAGUCCUCCAGAUUCAUGCAGGGAGCUGCAAUGUUACUCAGGUCAACAAUUGCAACUGCACCACGUGAUAGAUGAUCAUUCAAUUAACCGAUACUGUUGCAUAGCAUACUAUCUCGUUACAAUGUAAAACUACCAUUGACGUUCUUUAUUGUUAUCAUAGAUGUUUAUCAUUUAUCUAAGUGUAUCAUCAAGCAUAAUUGAAAGCAUAAGAACUGUAAUUGAGCUUUAUAUCAGCUGUCUGUAUAAUAAUAUAUUACAUGAUUUAAUUUUACUUGCAACACGAAAUUCGAUUGGUUCAUUUAACUUUAUCAACAUUUUUUUUAUGGCAUCAAGAUGUUUCUUGUUUAGUUCCGCUAUAUGAAAUUCUAUGAAUGACA